AUGUUGCCUUCCCAUCUUCUUCUGCCACUUCUCUUCCUUGUACCAACUCUGUUCCUAUCCCUGUGCCUUAAACGACCUAAGCAUGACCAGAAACAACCGCCAGGUCCACCGGCCUGGCCGGUGAUCGGCAACCUCCACCAGCUGGGUACUCUCCCGCACCGAUCCCUUCAGUCUCUCGCGAAGCGCUAUGGACCCAUCAUGUCCUUGCGACUCGGACAGGUCCCUGCUGUUGUCGUCUCUUCCCCUGAAGCUGCCGAGCUUUUCCUGAAGACGCACGACGUCGUCUUUGCGAGCCGGCCAAAGACUCAAGCGUCGGAGUUCCUUUCUUAUGGCUCCAAGGGGAUGGCUUUCUCUGAAUAUGGUCCUUACUGGCGUAACAUGAGGAAGCUCUGUACUUUGCAGCUUUUUAGUGCAUCGAAAGUAGAGUCGUUUGCCCCCUUGAGAAGGAGGGAGUUGGGACAGCUGGUGAAGUCGAUCGAGAAAUGGGCGGCGGCGCGUGAGGUGGUGGAUCUGACGGAGAAGGUGGAGCGACUUGUAGAAGAUAUAAUGUAUAAGAUGAUAUUUGGAAACAACAGGGAUGAUAGGUAUGAUCUGAAGGGGCUUGUUCAUGAGACGCUGAAUUUGGUUGGAGCCUUCAAUAUUGCAGAUUUCGUGCCUUUCUUGGCGCCACUUGAUAUCCAGGGCUUUGCAAGACGCUUGCGGAAGAUUAGCAAGGAACGUGAUGAGAUGUUAGAAACGAUUAUUAGAGAGCAUGAAAAGGCAACAGCAGAAGGGCAGAAUAGAAGACGCAAGGACUUCGUGGACAUACUACUCUCUUGCAUGGAUACUUACGAUGAUGAGCACAACUUCGUCAUAGAUCGAACCAACAUCAAAGCGGUCCUUCUAGAUACGAUCGUUGGUGCAGUGGAGACUUCAGCUACUGUCAUUCUGUGGGCUUUCUCGGAACUCUUAAGGAAUCCAAGGGUGAUGAAAAAACUCCAGCUCGAACUAGAAAACCAAGUAGGAAUAAGCAAAAUGGUCGAGGAAGCCGAUUUGCCAAGGUUGAGUUACUUAGAUAUGGUGAUUAAAGAGACUAUGAGGCUAUACCCAGUUGCACCCUUACUAGUCCCUCGUGUGUGUAGGGAAGACAUCACGAUCAAUGGCUAUGACAUAAGGAAGAACUCACGAAUCAUAGUGAACUCGUGGACCAUAGGAAGAGAUCCUAAGAUAUGGUCUGAUAACGUGCAAGAAUUUUGUCCAGAGAGGUUCUUGGACGGCAAUAUGGACUAUCGAGGAUAUGAGUUCCAAUUCUUACCAUUUGGUUCAGGUCGAAGAGGCUGCCCUGGUCUGCAAUUGGGUUUAAUUACUGUUAAGCUUAUUUUAGCACAAUUGGUUCACUGCUUUAAUUGGGAACUUCCAGAAAACAAGUCUCCUCAUGACUUGGAUAUGUCUGAGACAUUUGGUCUCUCAAUGCCAAGAGCCAAGCACUUGUUAGCUCUUCCAUCUUAUCGCGUACCAGUUAAUUGAUGAAUGUUAUUAAUCUCAGUCUUUUCAGUUCAGUAGAAGUAUCAGUUUGAUUGGUUAGUUAUGCUGAAAUGGUAUGAAAGUUAUGUAGUGGACUUAUUUUAUAAUGUCAGGUUUCGUUCCAUUUUUCCAAA